AUGGUCCCCCCUCCUGUCAUUUCCCUUUCUCUCAGUGAGCGCCUCUACACCCUGCUCCCGCCUGGCCUCUACAAGGUUUUAUUUCUCAGCAUCGGCGACGAAAGCAACGAAACUGCGUUUGGAAUGGCCAAGGCCAUCACCUGCAAAUUCGACAACUGGCACGGGGUUACGACCCAGGCAUUGGAGGUCUAG